AUGGCCCUGGAGUCUCGGUGCCGAACCUCCCAAGAAGGUUCGGAGAGCGGCGAGCCUGGGAAGGAGGUGGGGGAAAGAACGAGGCACCUCACCACCGUUGACAUGCCCACAUCAGCGUCGGUAACAAUCCGGUCAGCCCCAGCAGGCGGGUUGGUGCGCACGUCUGCUCGCCUCGUCAACGCCAUCGGCCCCUUCCCCAUGCCACUCAACUUCGCUCUUGUCUCUCCAAACGGGGAGUGGAUCGCUGUUGUCGGGGACCUUGCUGCUGUGUGUGUGCUGGACCGAGCAUGUGGGUUCAGAGUGAGUGGCAUGGCCAGCAGGCGGAUUCCAGUGGCCUCUAGGAGCACCAGGGGCGCCGCUCACGGGUGCCAGUACCUCGCCUGGAACCCCUCAUCCUCGUUACUAGCAGUCUCCAGCGACUCGCUUCAAGCCGUGUACGUGUGGGGCGUGUCCCGUACCUCCCAACCUCGUGCUUCCGGAGCAGCAGAACCGUCACCAUCUAAAGCCCGGCCAUUCACCAGAGCAGCAGCAGCAGCAGCAGCAGCAGCAGCAGCCGCCGCAGCCGCACAGCAGUUACCAUCAGCAACAGCAGCAGCAUCAGUACCCACAGCUUCAGAAGCGCCAGCAGCACCGGCAGUACCUACAGCUUCAGCAGCAGCAGCAGCAGCAGCAGCAUCAGUGCAGUUGACCCCACUGGUGAAGCUAGAGCAGGCCUUCCUGUCGCCCCCGCUCGCCCUGCAAUUUGACUGCUUCAACCCGCACCUCCUGCUGGUUGUAGAGCGGUGCAGUGCGGUGCACGCUGUGGACGUGCGAGCACCCCAUGCCAGGCAGCAGAUCCAAGUGCACCGCCAGCCGUCAUCAGAAGCAGAGGAGCAGAGGCAGCAGAGGGAGGACGCAAGGGAGGAUGGCCGUUGGGUAGUGGCUCUCGAGGGUCUUCCCCCCACCGCUGUGCCUCAUGCUGCUGCUGCCGCUGCUGCUCGUGCUGCCGAUGCUGCUGACGCGACCACUGCUGCUGCUCGUGCUGCUAAUUCUGCUGAUGCUGCUACUGCCGCCGCUGCUCGUGCUGCUGCUGCUGGUGCUGGUGCUGCUCCUGCUGGUGGUGGUCGUGCUGCCGCUGGUGCUGCUUCCGCCGCUGCUGGUGCUGCAGCCGCCCUCGCUGGGGCUGUUUCCGCUGCUGAUGGUGCCGCUCGUGCUGCUGAUGGUGCUGGCCGUGCUGCUGGUGCUGCUGUGGCUGCUCGUGCGACAGUGGGGGGAGUGGUGGGCGGCAUGGUGGACGCAGCACAGGACCAGCUGAGGCGACGUCUGCACCAGUUGGAGCAGCUGUUGCAUCGCCGCAACCAGCCGCCCGUCAGCGACGUGGUGGGGCUGGCGGCUUACCACCACCCUGGAGUUCUUGUCUCGACUGAAACCACUGUCUUCCAGUAUCCUCGCAUGGGAGCCUGGUCACCUGCCUCUCACCGCCUCUAUCCCAAACGCUUCAAGGAGGUGGUACGGCUGCUGUUGCUGGGGCACUACUCUACUGAGCAGUGGGAUUACACUGCGACCGACAGCCACAGCAGCCAGGCACAGUCUGACAGCAGGUACCUGUGGUUGCUUCCCCUCGAAGUGUUGCUUCAGAUCGUUGGACAUGCAUCUACACCACUUUCUGUGUGGAUUAGUAAUGCAUAG